AUGGUGUCCAAGCGCGUCCUCGCAGCUGGCGCGUUCGCGCUCUCGUCGUGGGCGUCGGUCCAAGGUGCCCUGGUGCAGAAGCAGGGUCUCACCGUCCCCUCGUAUGCCGUGGGCAACGCAUCGACCGUCCGGACGAUGUUCACCAACAGCUGGAACGCGUACAGGGAAUACGCUUGGGGGCACGACGACCUGCAGCCUAUCAGUAAGACCUACAACGAUGGUCGGAAUGGGUGGGGAGCGUCCAUUGCGGAUGCACUAGGCACCAUGGUUAUUAUGGGCUUGGAAGCAGACUUCCUGCAGGCCGUGAACUACACAGCCUACAUCGAUUUCAGCACGUCUCAGACCCCAGAUACGGUCAGCGUAUUCGAGACUACCAUUCGUUACGUUGCGGGCUUCUUGAGCGCGUACGAGCUCAGUGGCUUCGUCCACCCUAUUUUGGUGGAGAAGGCCAAAGAGGUCGCCGAUAAGCUGAUGUAUGCGUGGGUAGGGAAUAACAGCCUUCCCUAUGGAUAUGUGGACUUCUCCACGAAUUCCCCGACCAUCACUACCACCAAUAUCGCUGAAGCCGGGACUCUCACCUUGGAGUACACGAAGCUGACUCAAUACACCGGUAAUCAGACCUACGCCACAAAUGCGGUAAAGGCUGCUGCGUAUAUCGCCAGUCUCCCCGACCCCCUCCCGGGCCUUGCACCUCAGGGGAUUGACCCUACCUCCGGUCAGUUCACCGAUGCUUACAUUACGUGGGGUGGAGGAUCCGACAGCUACUUCGAGUACCUCAUUAAGUACCCCCGGCUCACGAACACCAACAACCCUAUAUUCGUCGAGACUUGGCAGGCUGCUGUGGAUUCAUCCAUCAAGUAUCUCGUCAGGGAAUCUACCGUCGGAAACUGGACAUACGUCGCAGACCGCGAUGACAACGGUAACAUCGUGCAUGUCGGUUCUCACUUGGAGUGCUUCCACGCUGGGAACUGGAUGCUCGGCGGCAAGCUGUUGAAUAACCAGACUUACGUCGAUAUCGGGCUGAAGCUCGCCGAUGCCUGUUGGAACACCUACGCUAGCACCGCUACUGGCAUCGGACCUGAAGUCUUCGCCUACUUCUCCUCUGACGGCAACUACACCGGCCAGGGCACUCCCACUGCAGACCAGCUCGCCUUCUACCAGGAGCACGGCUUCUUUAUCACCGCAUCCGACUACAUCCUCCGCCCCGAGGUCCUCGAGUCGAACUUCUACGCCUGGCGCAUCACCGGCGACACGAAGUACCUCGACAACGCCGCCGCCGCCAUUCAGAGCCUGAACGAGUACCUAUACGUGAACGCGUCGGGAGGCUAUGCCGGGACGAACGACGUGAACAAUGUGAACUCCUCCUUGAUUGACGAUACGGAGAGUUUCUGGUUCGCCGAGGUCCUCAAGUACCUCUAUCUCACUUUCGACGACCCCAAUCACAUCAGUCUCGAUAAGUUCGUGUUCAACACGGAAUGCCACCCCUUCCUCGCACCUCCCGCAGGCGCGUACGCCACCCCUACGUUCAAGACCAACACCCAGGGCUUCAAGGCCGUCGGCGGACCGUUGCCCGAAAUCAGCCCGAACAGCUUCCUGCCGAAGUCGAUCAAUUCCAUCCUCGGGUUGUCAGGCUAA